AUUCACUCCGUAUUCAUUCUGCCAAAAUCAAAAACAUGUGAAAGUUCAAAACAUUGUUUACAUUUCCAUUGAAGCCGGACUACAAAUCAAAUAAGAUGGCUAAGUACUGCUUACAGUAUUGGGAGACUAUAAAAGAAUUAUUCCACACCAACACAGAAUAUUCAGAUCAAGUGAUUGGGAUUGAGAAGGUGAUCAGGGAUCUGGUUGACAAGAGAGAAUUGCUGCAAGAAGAAGGUGCAGAUCCUGAAGCUGUUGAAUGGAUAGUACAUUGCUGUUAUACAUAUUGGGCACGUUUAGUGCUAGACAAGAGAUGGUUAGAUGUGGAUGAUGAUACCAAGUGCCGCCUCAUGGCUAUGCUAGCUGUAUCCUCCAAAAGACUCCCUAGUAAUGAAUCAAUCUGGCUUGCUAGAGCAUCCAUACUGGCAUGUAAUCCAUGGGGGGAACCUACCCUUCAACAGAUGAUGAUGUUGGACCAAAAACAAGUUGACCUGCAGAAAGCAAUACAAUAUAUUGCAGAGUCUGAUGAUUACAUACUAAAGAUAAGAGUUGAAAUAUUGAUUUUCGAUGGCUGCUACAAAUAUGCUUGGAAUCUUGUGAACUGGCUGAUGAAACUUUACAAGUUCAAGUCCAGCGAUUAUUUCCAGAAAAUCCACUCUCUGCUUUACCUACGUCUGUGUGAUGAUGAGAAAAUUGAACAGUUUACUACCUGUAAUAAAGAAGACAAAGAUACACCUGGGAGUCAUGCAUCAUCUACCUGCAUAUAUACACCAGGAUUAAUCAAACCUCCAACAUUUAUAUACAAACCAGAAACAACAGCAUCUACAUCAAGUGUGAAUGACCUCAAUAUUGAUAAAGAGAUUUGCAAUAGCCUAACAGACUGGAAGGAGGAUGUUGAUAGUAGUGGCUUGGAUCAUAUGUUUGCUGACAUAUCUAUCUCACCUGCAGAUCUUGAAGUAGAGUCUUCAACCAAUGCAGAAUCCUCAAUUCAAAAUUCUAUAAUUGAGUCGAAUAAUGUGAAAAAUCAUAGCAUUAUAGUUGAUUCUCUCCAACCUAAGUACAAAGACAGGAUAACUGAUGACAGCCUUCACUCUGAAGAUGUUAAUGCUGAACCCACAUUGACAAAAGAGGAACAACUACCAACAAAAGAUAGUAACACUAGCUGUUCUGAUGAGCACCUCUCUGCAGAAAGCACUCCUAAUGAUUCUUAUAGAGAUCUUAGAAUGAUGGAUUCUGGUAUUUAUUCAGACAAAGAAACUACACAAAUAGACAGUGACGUUGACCACCAUGAUGAACAUAUUACACUUCCACUAGAAGAAUGUGAAAUGAUUGAUGGUUCAGGCAACAUUGAUGAUCAACUUCCACAGACUACAGGAAUAAAGAAUGUUACCUCACAUGUGGAGGAAUGUUAUGAAAAUAAACCUUCAAGUAACUCAAAAGACAACAUAGCUCUGAUAUGUCCAAUCAUGAAGGAUAAUGGAGUAAACACUGGGGAAUCAAACAUGAUUGAGGUAUCAACUCGUGGGGAAAAUCUGCCAAUCACGUCUUUCGAUGAACAACCCCAGAGUGUGCAAUCACCAGAUAUCCCAUGUAUGACAGGAAUAACAGAUGACAAAAGAAGCAAAUCCCCAAAGAAUGAUGAGGUUAAUUUGGAUAGGUCUAUAACAGCUGUCAAAAGUGGCUCUUUAAUGAACCAUGUAACAGACGAUAAAACUGGAUUUUUAAUGAGUGAUGAUGCUGAAGUAUAUCAAAAUAGAAUAGGGAGAAAAACUGACCCUCCAGGGAAUGAUGCUAAUAAAACUACAUCUCCAAUGAAUGAUGUUUCUGAUGUAGAUGUAAAUGUAGAUGCAACAGCUGAGAAACCUGGAUCUUCAAUGAAUGCUGUUUCCAUUCUUGAUCUUGACGUAACAGCUGACAAAACUGGAUCUUCGAUGAAUGAUGUUUCCAAUGUAGAUGCAAUUAUAACAGCUGACAAAACUGGAUCUUCGAUGAAUGAUGUUUCCCAUGUAGAUCUGGAUGUAACAUCUGACAAAACUGGAUCUUCAAUGAAUGAUG